AUGUCGGCACCAAAAACAUCAAAACAAGAAGAAUGCGAAGCGGAAGCUCUGAAAUCGGAUCCGGAAGACGAUGGCGAAGGAAAGCCGGAAGAAGGAGGGGCGUUACAGGCAAAGAUGUCUCUCCUCAAUGGGAUCACAGUUAUCGUAGGCUCCAUCAUUGGUAGUGGGAUCUUCGUGUCCCCCACCGGGGUUUUGAAGUAUACGGGAAGUGUGAACGCCAGUCUUCUCGUGUGGAUUGCCUCCGGAGUUUUUAGUAUGAUAGGCGCGUAUUGCUAUGCGGAGUUGGGCACGAUGAUUCGCUUAAGCGGGGCGGACUACGCCUACAUCAUGGAGACUUUCGGGCCUUUCGCCGCUUUCAUCAGGCUCUGGAUAGAGUGCAUGAUCGUCCGACCCUGUUCUCAGGCUAUAGUAGCGCUAACGUUCAGUACGUACGUACUUAAGCCGAUGUUUCCGGAAUGUGACCCUCCAAACGAAGCUACCAGGCUGCUGGCUGCCUGUUGUAUUUUGUUGUUGACAUUCGUGAACUGUUGGUCGGUUCGAGCAGCUACUCGCGUGCAAGAUUGGUUCACGUAUGCGAAGCUGCUUGCUCUCUUUAUUAUCAUCGCAGCAGGCGCCUACCAGCUGUGCAAAGGAAAAACGGAGCAUUUCUCUUUCGAAGGUACUUCAAAUGACGUCACGUCGAUAGCAUUGUCGUUUUACUCCGGGCUGUUUGCGUACAACGGAUGGAACUAUUUAAACUUCAUAAUCGAGGAGCUAAAAGACCCUGUCAAGAACCUGCCUCGUGCUAUCGCCAUUUCAUGCGCGCUCGUUACACUUGUGUACACCUUAACGAACAUUGCGUUUUUCACUACACUCUCGCCUACAGAGGUGUUAGGAUCGGCUGCUGUAGCAGUGACCUUCGCCGAACGUCUCUUCGGAUGGUUCGCGCUUUCCAUUCCGCUGUUCGUCGCUGCUUCCACUUUCGGCGCUGUCAAUGGUGUACUUCUUACCUCAUCACGGUUGUUCUAUGCCGGCGCAGCGCAGGGACAGAUGCCGGAGAUGCUGACAAUGGUGACGACGCGAGCCACCCCUGCGCCCGCGGUGCUGGCCGUCGCCCUCCUCAGCCUUGUGUACCUCACUGUCAGCGAUAUUUAUGCGCUUAUUAACUAUGUUGGAUUUGCUACCUGGCUGAGUAUCGGUGCGGCCGUCGUGUGCUUGCCUGUACUGAGAUACACACGCCCAGACCUGGAGAGACCUAUCAAAGUCAACAUGUUCUUCCCGAUUGUGUACAUAAUCUGCACAAUCCUGGUGGUCUCCGUGCCUGCUGUUGCGUCUCCACAAGAGACCGGCAUCGGUUGCCUGAUGAUCCUCACUGCAGUGCCCUUUUACCUGCUGCUUGUUGAACCUAGGACUCGGAUACGAGGACUUGAUUUUAUUACCAAUGCUGCCACUCAUCUAGUACAAAAAUUAACUUUAGCAGUGCGACCGAAAAUGAAGUGAACGCCAUAUUGGAAAUGUACAUCGCUGCUGACAUAUCGGAUUGAAUCGGUUAAAAAUCACCUAUAACUAGUAGUUGACGCUGCCUCAAAAGGCUAUAAAAAACAAUAUUAAUUAUCAAAAUGAUACAUCGGAACAUGCUCAGUAAAAAAAAAUAUGUCAUAUUUAUACAUAAUGUAUACAAUAUGGCGAGCCUAUUUUUUUAAAUGUUUUGACAUCUUAUUUCAUAAAAAAA